AUGAUAGUAUGAAAGUAGAACUGUCAGGUCGAUGGCUGUAAAGGUGUUGACAUGUGCUGACUGACUGUCAGGAACCAGGAAAACAUACGGAAUGUGGUUAUCUCAGAACAUGCUACUGCGGUUCAGACUGAGUACAAAAGAACUGAAAAAUGGAUAUUUUUUCGUAGGACGCUGAAGACUUGGUGAUUAGUUUCCUUCGCGGUUUCCUCAAGUGUUGUGAGACACGAUUUUAAUGCUUUUAAUGGUACCAUCACGAAACGUGUUGCCAAGUAGUAGCGUGAUAUUUUACAAAUAAUCAUGGCUUUGUUGGGUAUGCCAAAUGGUACUCCCUUAGGCAGCAUGAUCACGGAAACCGAGCAGAUAAUUAGUCAGCUUGAACGAGGAACGGUGGUAACAAAGUUUUUCCAGCGCAAGCGACCAGAAAGGAAAACACUAAUGCUUCGACGGGAAACUCGGCAAUUAGUCUGGGCCCGUACAACAAAUAUAAGGACAUUUGAAGUAGCUGUGGACUUGAGGGAAGUAAAAGAGGUUCGCAUAGGAAAAAACUCAAAGGAUUUUGAAAAAUGGCCGGAGGAAGCAAAGCGAAUGGAGAAUUUAAAAUGUUUUGUUAUAUAUUAUGGCUUGGAAUUCAGACUGAAAACACUAUCAAUAGCAGCUUUUUCAGAAUCGGAGUGCACUUUGUGGAUAAGAGGCCUUGACUACUUGGUUAACGAUACAAUAAGAUCACCAUACCCACUCCAGGUUGAGAGAUGGCUCCGUAAAGAAUUCUAUAAAAUGGAAAGUGGCAGAGAAACUGUCACACUGAAAGACCUAAAGGCAUUCCUUCCUCGUGUCAACUGCAAAAUUCCAACAAAUAAACUUCGGGAUGUCUUUCAGGAAGUCGAUACAAGGAAACGAAUGGAACUAGGAUUUGAUGAUUUUGCUACUCUUUACCAAAAGCUUAUGUUUGAUAACAAUAUGUAUAGUGAAAGUUUUAGUAAGUUAUUCUCUGAUUACUCUGAAAAUGGUAAAACAGUAACAUUGCAAGAAUUUCAAAGUUUUCUUAGUCAAGAGCAGAGAGACCCAAUGGGAGAUGAUGAAAGAGAAGUCUCUUCCUUUAUGAGGAAUUAUUUGCAAGAUUCACAGCGAAAUGUCCAGGAGCCAUACUUCACAAUCUUUGAGUUUAUGGAUUUUCUUUUCUCGAAGCAAAAUGAAAUUUGGGAUGAACGAUAUGAUAAAGUCUACCAAGACAUGACGAAACCGUUGUCACACUAUUGGAUUGCCUCAUCACACAAUACAUAUUUAACAGGUGACCAAUUCUCAAGUGAAUCAUCCACUGAAGCUUAUGUUCGCUGUUUACGAAUGGGUUGCCGAUGCAUAGAACUAGACUGCUGGGAUGGUCCUGAUGGUAUGCCAUUCAUCUACCAUGGGCAUACUUUAACGACAAGGAUAAAAUUUCUGGAUGUUGUUAAAACUAUCAAGGAACAUGCAUUUGUUACAUCAGAAUACCCACUAAUAUUGUCCAUAGAGGACAACUGCUCUGUACCACAGCAGCGCAAGAUGGCAAAAGUAAUGAUGGAAGUGUUUGGGGAAAUGCUACUCGUGCAGCUUUAUGAGAAGAAUGAAAGUCAGCUUCCAUCACCACACCAGCUACGGCGUAAAAUUAUAAUUAAGCACAAAAAACUCCCAGAUGGUGUCGAUGAGGAUGCUUUUAUGAGCAAAAAUGAUGAUGCAAGGGACGUGGAUCUCAGAAACACAGUUAAAAAUGGCAUCUUGUAUCUGGAAGACCCUGUGGACAAGGAAUGGAAUAAACACUUCUUUGUAUUAACAAAAAAUAAAUUAUUUUACACCGACUCCUUUCAUGAUGAGCAAGAAGGUGAAGGAGAGGAAGAAGAGGAAGAGAGUGGUUUUCAUAGACCUAAGGAGGGCAUUCCAAAUGACGAUCUGCACUUCAGUGAAAAAUGGUUCCAUGGAAAACUGGCGAGUGGCAGAACAGAAGCAGAGACGUUACUAAAAGAUUACAGUCAUUUGGGAGAUGGCACUUUCUUAGUUCGGGAAAGUGAAACCUUUGUUGGUGACUACUCUCUCUCUUUCUGGCGACAGGGAAAGGUCAAUCACUGUCACAUUAGGUCAAAGCAGGAAAAUAAUCAAACAAAGUACUACCUCAUUGACACAAAUUGUUUUGAUAGCCUGUACAGCCUGAUCACUCAUUAUCAAUCACAUCCACUUCGUAGUCAGGAGUUUCUCAUCAAGCUGCAGAAACCUGUUCCUCAACCAAAUAAACAUGAAGGAAAGGAAUGGUAUUAUCCUCAGGCAACAAAACUAAAAGCAGAAGAACUACUGAAAAGGGUCCCCGCUGAUGGAGCAUUUCUCGUGAGACCAAGUGAAUCUGAUACUGAUGCAUAUGCUAUAUCAUUCAGGGCUGAGAAAAAGAUAAAACACUGUAGAAUAAAACUGGAAGGACGGCUGUACACAAUUGGAACAUUUCAGUUUGAAAGCCUAGUUGAGCUUGUGAGCUAUUACGAGAGACAUCCCCUCUACCACAGAACAAAGCUGCGAUAUCCAGUCACAGAGGAAUCUAUCAGCAGAAUGGCUCAUAAUCCCGAUGACUGCUCUGUGUAUGGUACACCAGGCUAUAUGGACCCCAGCAGCUUCACAUCAAGGAUAACUGUCAAGGCACUAUACGAUUACCAGGCACGUAACGAUGAUGAAUUAUCUUUCUGCAAGCAUGCUGUAAUAACGAAUGUUAACAAACAAGGAAACAGUGGCUGGUGGCGUGGAGACUAUGGAGGAAAGAAACAACACUGGUUUCCUUCAAACUAUGUGGAAGAAUGGGAUUCUCAAGAGAACAGAGAUGAUAAUUCUUCAGAUUCACUACUCCUUGGCAGUCUUCAGAAGGGCAGCCUUGAUGUGAUGGGUGCUAUUGUUGAAGUACAUCGAAAUGACCGCCCAGGACUGGAGUGGGUACUACGUAUACAAAAUCCAAAUAUGUGCUCAGUAUUUGAAGUAGCUGUACCUAGGAUAGAACUUGCUGUUGAAUGGAGGAAUGCCAUUAAGGAAGUGGCACAAAAUGCCAGUGUACGGGAAAAUCAGCACAAGGAAAUGGAGAAGCAAUUAAGAAUAGCCAAAGAAAUGUCUGACUUGAUAGUUUAUUGUCGAUCUGUAGCAUUUAAUAUGGAAAAAUUCAGGAGAGGCUUCAAUCAUUGUGAAAUGUCAUCAUUUCCUGAAACUAAAGCUGAAAAACUGAUAUGUCAGCAAGAGACAAAAUUCUUCUUGAAAUAUCAUCAGCACCAGUUCAGUAGAAUUUAUCCAAAAGGUCAAAGAAUUGAUUCCUCCAACUACAUCCCUGUUCCAAUGUGGAAUGCUGGCAGUCAGAUGGUAGCUCUUAACUAUCAGACACCAGAUAAAGCAAUGCAGCUGAAUCAAGGAAAAUUUCGUCAGAAUGGGUUCUGUGGAUAUUUGCUACGGCCUGAUUUCAUGUUCCUUGAAGACUUUGACCCAUAUGAUAAGAAAACUUUAGUUGGAGUAGAUCCACUGAAUAUUUCUGUACGUGUAAUUUGUGCACGCCAUCUCAGCAAAUGGGGUAAAGGAAGGGCAAGAGGGACUGUUAGUCCUUUUGUUGAAAUUGAAGUGAUUGGUGCGGACUUUGAUAACAAAAGCAGGAACACUCAACCAGUUUCUGACAAUGGUUUUAACCCAGUUUGGAAUGAAACUUUUGACUUUGAGGUUUCCAAUCCUCAUUUUGCCCUGCUGAGGUUUGUUGUCCAGGAUGAGGACAUGUUUGGAGACUCAAAUUUCAUUGGACAAGCAACCUACCCAGUGCUCUGCCUUCGAACAGGAUACAGAAGUGUUCCACUGAAAAAUGGCUAUAGUGAAGAUCUUGAGCUAGCAUCAUUGCUGGUUCAUAUCAGUAUAACAAAUCCAAUGGAAAGCAGGGAAGUGCUUCAAAGUACUGCCUUUUCUUGUGUAACUGCCGGAGGAGACAGUGAAGACUGAAAUGCCAAGUUGAUGUGGAUUUUCUGCAAUGAGAAGGUGAACAAAUGUGACUUUUUACAACUUGAGUGUGAAAUACUUGGUUUGAAAACCAAGGUGCAUUUAAUGAACAAAAGGAUUGUGCAUAACUGAACUCUUAUAAUGUUGAAUAUUUGCAGAUCUACUCUUUGUUAACUUCGGUGUUCAUUUUUGUCAUUGUUGUAUGUCAGUAUUGCACCUACUUGUAGGUCUGCUUUUUAAGAAAUGUAAUACCAUACACAAAAGUUCAGGCAACUGUAUUCAGAAGUUUGCUGUUUUAGAAAAAGGUAGUAGUUGUGGCCUUAUUGAUGGUUUAGUGUAUAGGUGUAUUUGCUCAUGUAUUUAUGAAUGAUACAGUUUACAAUAUUCUUCCAAAGUUUUUUCACAAACAACCUGCUGAAAGGUGUUUCAUUGUAUCUGUACCUGACUAGUUCAUUUUAUAUGAUACGGAAUAUGGAAGAUUCUGUUACAAAAAGGAUGAUACUAAAUGCCACUAAGGUUCAAUGGAGAGCCUUCUUUUUAAUCAUAAAGGUAUGUGCUUGUUUAAUAUUUUUCAAAUGCAGGAUAUGUUUUUAUCUUUAUUGUACAAUAAUGUGUGCUUGUGUGCAAAAUGUAACUGGUUCCUUAAGCUUUUAGAAGAGCCACAUGUCAAUAGUUAGUUUUAAAUAAUAUGUGUCUGUAUCAUACACGCAACAGUAUUUUUUGUCAGGCCAAUAACUUAUAAUAAAUUGCAUUCACUAAUGAGUGGCUUAAUUUUUAAAUGAUCUGAUUAUUAUAGUAAUGGAAUAAACAUAGAGGGAAAACCCUAGAGGAGGAAGAAUAUGACAGUUAUGUUAUAUGCUGUUUAAAAAAUGCAUGAUCUAAUGGUUGAAGCACUAGAGUGUUUGUGUGCACAAGAUGUGCCAAGUAAUGAUACGAACUGUAAGGUGAUUAUUAAUGUGAAAGAAGGCAGGGGAAUAACAUGUUCAUGGAAAUAUUAACUGAUAAAGUGCUUUAGGUUCAUGGUCUAGUUUGUUAGAUGAGAAUCUCUUCCUGAUUCAUAAUAUGUAUUUCAUUAUAAUGAAGUUAGUAACAAUGUUUCUUCUCAUGCUGUUUUUUAUUUCUAAGUGUGCAUUUGCCAUACUUAAUGUGUGCAGUUAUUAUUUGAUCAUAUUUUAUUCUGUAAGAGUUGAUGCCAUUUUUCCUAAGAAAAAGUGCUUAAUUGAAAUAUUAUGUGUUUCUCUUCGUGCAUUACAUGAUUAGACUUGUUUUUUGUUAGUGAGAAGUGCUUGAAUUCACUGUGUGUGUGUGUGUGUGUGUGUGUGUGUGUGUGUGUGUGUGUGUGUGUGUGUGUAAGUGAGAGAGAGAGAGAGAGAGAGAGAGGGGGGGGGGGGGUGAAGCAGUGUGUAUGGUGGACCAUUAAAUCUUUAUGGUUCAGAAGCAUUGUUAUGAGGCAAUUUCUGUUGUCUUCAUGCUAGAAGAUAGUUGUUUGUGUUCCAGACUAUUACUUCUUUGUCAGUUACACUAUUUAUAUGAUUGAGGAUUGACUGAUACUCGCCAUGUAGAGGAGGCUGUUCAACACACAUGAAUGGAAUCUGUCCUGGUUUUCCAUUGUUCAAUUACAUUAUUGUUGGCUUACAGUAUAAAUAAAUUUAUUUAUGUUAAUUGAUUAAAUUUGAAUAAAUUAUUGUAAUGUGAAUUGCAACUGCAAAAAAUGUAUAAUUAUAUCUUGACUUAAAUAUCAACAGUACGACAGGGCAAUGCUAUUUAUUUGUAGGGGAGAACAAUAACACCAAAAAUUAUCUGUGAAGCAGCGGACAUUGUUAAUUUAAUUAUAUGUCGUUCUGCUUGUUAUGAAAAUGACACUGCCUGAUCACAAAAUGUAUCAAAGACAAUCGAAGCAUGGUAUAAUAAAUGUGGAGACUGGACUACUUUUAAUAGAACUAAAGACUACCAGGCUUUCAAUUGGAACAUAAUUGUGAACAGUACAUGAUUCUGAUAAUGUGUCAUUACAGUUUGCUGAAACUUUGAUGUUAAGAAAUGUACAUGCCUAUGAUUAGUAACUUAUGAGUAUCAUGUGAAUUGCUGAUGUUUACACUUCCUCCUCUUUGGUUGGCGUAGUUACCUGUUCUAUUGGUGUGUGUGAAGCAAGGCGUUAGUUAUAACAUUUAUUAUUAAAGCUGCAACGAGUCACAAGUAUGGUUUACAAAAUUUAACUUGACCGAUUACCGUUGUGGAUAUAUUAUAAGGGGUGUUCAAAAAGAAACAAGCCAGAAGCAUAAUUACAGAAACCAGUGCCUGUGUGUUACAAGUAAUGACCCUGGCUGUUGACACACUUGUCCCACUGUGCCACAAGGCAGUGAAUGGCUGUCUCAUAAAAUUUCUGGGGCUGCAAUGUUAACCAGUUCGCUAUAUGUUGUCAUCCAACGUGAAUCGUUUGCCUCUCAGAACCUUUUUAAGGGAACCAAAAAUGGUAUAAUCACAGGGAAAGAGAUCCGGACUGCAGGAGUGCUGUGACUGUGUUGGUCGUAUCAGUCUUUGCAUUGUCGUGGAGUAGAAUGACCCCACAGGUGAGGUUGCCUGGUUGUUUUGAUUUGAUCGCUUUUUGAAGGGUGGUCAAGGUUUGCUAGUACUGCUGGGAAUUCACUGUUGUCCUGUGCUGCAGGAAGUGAAUCAGAAGGGGUCAUCUUGGUGAAAGAACAUCAUCAGCCUAACCUUUUCUGCACUGGUGUGGAUGAUUGAUGUAUGCUGCUGCUAGCUCUAUAUAGUCAUGUGACGUACAUGCGUGCCCUCUAGCGAAGGGCUGUGAACUUUCACGCUCUGGUCAGAACCACACCUCAUUACACACACCACGAUAUUAUCAGUUUAUGCAUUCCAGACUCCAGCUUGUUUCUUUUUGAAUGCCCCUUAUAUAAAGCCACUUUCAGGUGUGGUGCACUAAGAUAAAUAGAUUUCCAUUCACAUUUGGUAAAUUUACAAGAGGUUCUUUCAUUUUGACCUUCACAGAAACAUUGAUGAAAUGAUUUUUUUAAGUCAAUAAGACAUGAAACUGAGCAAAGACUUGCACAGUGGAUGUUUCUUUGCCACAAAUGUCAUGUUUUAUUACCUUAAAAAUCGUUUCUUGAUGGUUCUGUGAAAGUCAAAAUGAAAAAUCCUCUCAUAAGCUUACAGUUGUGAACAAAAAACUCUGUUGAUUGUAGCGCACCACACCAGUAACAAAUGCAUGACAAGGCCCUGGCAAGAAAGCAAAGAAAGCUGUAAAAACCCAUCUGAAGAUAGAUUUGUAAUCAAUCAGAAACCAGUAAUAGUGUUAAAUGAACUAUUUUAAACUAUAUUUGUGACUGGUUGCUGCUUAAAUUACAAGCCUUGUGAUUUUACUACAGCCAUGUUUCGCAACGUUCAAUGCGAUAGCAGCAAGGCAUUAGGUAUGAGUAUGCUAGGUUGUAGAUAUGCCAACAUUUCACAUAUCUAUCUCUCUCUCUCUCUCUCUCUCUCUCUAUCUAUCUAUCUAUCUAUCUAUCUAUCUAUCUAACCACACACAUUCUCCAUUCAUAGCAGUUAUACCAAAAUCCCAAAGUUGAAAAAGGAAAUGAAACUGUUUGAAAGAAAUAAUAUUGUAUUUAUGUACAUACUGAGCAUGGAAAAAAAACUUUGUAUUUAUUUUUGUUAGUUUUUAGUUGUGGAGGAGGCAGCUCAUAAUUCCAUUAUGUGAGUAUUUUGAUUAAGAAGUUGUAUGCAAAAAUAAUACAUCAAAUGAGCAAAGUAUCAUUGGCAGUGCAGCAUGAAUUAUAGUCAUAAACAACAGAGAACUUAAAACUCUGCCUCUUGUAUUUUAUUUUAAAGCUGAUUCAUUGUAUGUUGAAAUCCAUGCCAUUCAGAAUAGUAAUAUGGAGUGCCACAGAUGUAGUCAAGGGAAAUUUCAUAUUUUUAUGACCAGUGAGUUAAGACAGACUAUAGAAUUGAAGUGUGAUUUGUAUGAAGUCUUGGAGAACCAGUGCUAUAAAAUAAGCAUGUUGUAUGUUGUUCACUGUUUUUAUUUAUUCAGCGUGCCUAAAAAUGUAACAUAAUGAUGACGAAGUAGAGUUUUGGAGACCUGUUAAAUCUGCCAUUGUGAAAGAAUUUUCUUCUUGGCAUAUCAACCACUGUUGCUAGUCAAAGUGCUCACCAAGUUUAACAGUGCAACAAUUCAGAAUGUAGACUCUCUUUAAUUUCCUACCUGACUGUCUCAUUUUACAUUGUCUCUCUCUCUAAAUGAUGUAAAGUGGAUUGUUCUGAUGUCUUUCUCCAAAUAAUAUAAAGUGAUUUUUCUAAUAGUGCCUUAAAGAGAAUUAUCUCAGUCUUUGGUGAUUUGAGACAAAGUUUCAGUCUCUAGUAUUCAUUUUUCAGAGGGAGGCUAAGUUAUCCAAAUUUAUAUUUUAAUGUCUCUGCAUAUAAUGGAUAAAGCUGCAGCCUUGUUCAGUUAUUCCAUUUGAUUAUGUACAAGUUAAUUUAUGUACUCUUUCUUUUGUUACUACUUUCUCAUGUCAUACCUUAAUUUUCUCAACCUUUAGGUAUAUCUUUAUCUUUUGACUUGUUAGACUUUUAUUUCAAAUAUUAUGUUGUAUUUCCCUGCCAUUCUUUGGAGAUAAAUUAUGUACUUGUAUAUGUAAAGAGUUAAAUGACAACAGUUUUUUAAUGUGGUCAAGAAUAUACUCAAUAUAGCUCCAGAAAUUGGAAAAUAUUUUCUUUGCUAUUUUUGUAAGCAGGAAAAAUGUAAAAUUAAAUUACUGUAAAAUAUACAUUUUAAAAAAAUACAGUACAAUGGUGUUUCAGAAAGUAACCUCAGUAAAGUAAUUAAAAUAUGCUACUCAACCACGAAUACAAAAAAUAAUCUUUCACUUCUUAGGCUCUCAUUUCACAUCCUGCUUUCUUGAUCAGCACACUUUCCAUCUUGUUGGUCAACAUUUUGAUUUCAUAAUGAAAAAAAAAAAGAAAGAAAAUCUAUGUAGUUAUGUGCUGCUGCUCCUGAUGUGUUCAUCAUACACUGUUUUUCAUACUAUUUAGAUCAUCAGUGUGAAGCCCUGAUCACAGCCUUUCACUAUUUUAUUUACUGCUUCUUCAGCAACAUACACUGUCAAGUGCUGCAUGUUGGUUCUUCUCAUUUUUAUAAUGCUUCUAAAGUGAUCCACCCCUGCUCAAAAGAGAAAGAUGAUUAUAAGAAAAUAUUUGACUCUAGCAGUAAUAUGUCACAAUUCCUACAGUUCUAUUGCUAGGCUCUUCAUGAUAACACUUUGUUUAUCAAAACAUAACAAGAUAUUGCUAAAACAAGGUUAAAUUGGCAUAUAAGUUAUAUUUAUAUAAUCAGAAUCCUACAAAUUUGUUGUGAAGACAGCCUGUGAUGUUUGGCAGCCUUUAUGAAAUUUGCAUCUGUGGGUGUGAGACUGCAUUUAGUACAAAGCUUCAUCCAUUUUCAUGAAUAAUGGCACAUCAUUGCUGGUACUUGAACACUGACAGAAAAUUAUUUCAUCUGUUGACAUUUACAUAUUGUAAGCCCCCCAUUGGCUUGUAGCAUUCUCCCAUACUUUUCAGCCUGUACAAUAUUUGCGUAACUUCAGCAUCCUUGUAUGAAUUGUGACCUUUUAAAGCAGAAAUAUUUAUGUCUGCAUAAAUUUUAUAUUUGGUGCCCUCCUGAACGCAUAGGUUGUCUUAAUAUGGAACUGUGCAUCUGCUUUCCUUAAGAAUAGAUUUUUUACUGACAAAGCAGUUCAUCAGUCCAGAAUAUUUGUUUUGUGAACAACUGGGAAGCUGCAGUCACUUUCUGAAACAUCCUUCAAAUGUUUUCAUGUCAUUCAUGCUGUAUAAGAUGACCCAGAGUCAUAAUAAUGUUAGCCAAAAUGUUCUAUAGUGGAAACGAAUAAAUCACAGUAAUAAGUCAUGAAUGUGAUAUAUCUAUGCAUUUUAACUGUUGAAGUUUUCACUUUUACAAAUUUUAUUGCUGAGAAAACCGAACAAUGAACUAUUGUACAGUUGCAUUUAAUCAUAGUGUUCAGUGUAUUGCUAUGUUUUAAGUUGUAAUUUACAAUUUUAUUGUGUAUUAUAUACAUAUGCCACUAUUUGAGGGUUCAGUUUUAUAGGAUUUUGAUACUCAAGUCGGCAUUCCCAGUCGUCCAUCUUUUUCUUUUUUUUAUAAAUGAAUAAAGAUGAAUAGAAGGGUAUGAGUAGCAAAAUUUAGAGCUGUUCUCAAGCCUACAACAAGACUCAAAAU